AACUUUUCAACAGAAUUAUAUCACUUGAAACAUACUCCCGAGGAUAUUAUAUAUUUAUUUGGUUUAACAAUUAUUGUAAUUAAUUUACAAAAAGAUUAACGUAAAAUAAAAUUUCAAACGGAUGAUUUAUCGCUAUCAUGUCAGAUAUGGAUAUUGUAGAAGUUGACGACGAAAAUCAAUUCCACGGCAAUAAAAGUGAAAAUCAUAAAUUAAAUUCUCAUUCAGAAGCUAGAAAUGGAGGAAAAUCGGAGGGUGUUCGUCGAAUGGUGGAUAUAACUCGUGACAAACCAAUUAAAGUUUCCAUCAGGGUAGCCGUACCUGUAAGAGAUCAUCCAAAGUUUAAUUUCGUGGGAAAACUAUUAGGACCAAAAGGUAACUCUUUGAAAAGAUUGCAGGAAGAUACCAUAACGAAAAUGGCAAUACUUGGUCGUGGAUCUAUGCGUGAUCGAAACAAGGAAGAAAAGUUAAGAAAUUCAGGAGAUCCUAAAUUUUCUCAUCUCAAAGAUGAUCUUCAUGUUGAAAUAACAGCUUUUGCUCCUCCAGCAGAAGCACACGCUCGUAUUGCAUAUGCUUUAACAGAAGUCCGAAGAUUUUUAGUACCGGAUUAUAACGAUGAAAUACGACAAGAGCAAAUGUGGGAAAUGCAAAUAUUACAGAAGGGAUCGGGAGACGCGACUGAUUCGGAAACCGGCGAGAGUGGAUCUUCGUCCCAUUCCGUGGACGAUAAUCGCCAAAAUUACAGCGCCGUUCAUUCAACCGGAGAAUGUUCGCCGGUGCACGGCAAACACAGCAAUAUCAACACUAAUCAAACGAUAAUUAACGUAUCAGAAAAACAUGUGACUCCGAACAAUUCAAACGGAUUAACAGAAACUCCAGGAAGGAAACGUCCCCUAUUAUCUGGAGAAUGUGCCAAAGUAUCAAUGAAUCCAUCAAAGAGAACAGUAAUGGCAAUUCUGGCAAGAGCUAGGACUGCACAAGUACACGUCAAAGACAUGGUCACAUUUUCACCACAUUUUAAUGGACUCGUUCAGACAGACGUAUCUACAUACAGAGAAAAGCCUUUUAUCCCCACGACCAAUCUACUAUUGAAUUAAAUAUAAUAUAAUAUAAUACUCUUCACAUCAUCCAUAGAUUACCUAGUCAAACUUCUCUGUAGUCACUAUAUAUAUGAAUUAUGGGUCAAUGUACUUUUUAAUCGUUAUAAUAUAAUACUACUUA